AUGAAAGCUCAUUCUCUUACACUUGCCCUUACGGCACUACCAUUCGCAGCAGCCAAAGGUCCAUUCUUGCAACAGACAAGCAACGAUACAUGGGUAUUGGGUAACGACAUCUGGAACAUCACUCAAGGACCUAUAUAUGGCACGAAGCUCUAUUAUCAAGGAAAAGACGCUAUAGGCAGUGCUGUUGGACAUUACGUCGGAGCAGACGGGGAAAACAAUCUGGUCUGGGAGUCAGCAAGCAUUGUGAACAAAGGUGGUUCAUUCAUCGAUGUGAGCUUUGUCUCGGAAAAGGGUGAUCUCCAUUGGGUCAUCUAUGACGAUCUUGCUGGUUCUUACCAGUACUUUGUCAACCGUGCCCUCGGCGACAUCAGUAUCCUUCGUUCUCUCUUCCGCCUUGACCCCGACAGAUUCCCCAAUGGUCGCACUUACCUGAAGGAUGAACCUCUGCCAUCAUUCAAGUCGAUUCUGAGUGCCACAAAGGUUCAGGACGAGACUUUCGAAACGUCAGAUGGAACGUAUAUCACGAAGUAUGACUGGUCGAACUAUGUCAGAGACCGAGAUUUCAAUGGUGUUUAUGGACCGUCCACUGGGUCAUGGUAUAUCCAUCCUAGUACGGACUACUUCAGUGGUAACCACCUGAAGCAAACUUUGACUGUCCAUCGAGAAAGUAGCACCGGCGAUGCUGUACAGCUGAAUGUUGUGCAAGACACUUCGCACUUCCAGACUCAAGUCACAACUUCCCAGCCCGUUGGCAAGAUCUGGGGUCCGUGGCUGUGGUAUCUUAACGAUGGAGACAUUGCAGAUGCAGCAAGAAAGCAUCAAGAAGAAUUGACCAAAUGGCCCUAUCCAUGGAUCAAUGAUACUGCUUACCAUUCUCGCGGUUCUGUGUCUGGAUCUCUCAAACUCUCCGAUGGAAGAGUCGCAGCUGGUGCGGCCGUGUUCCUAGGUGACUCGGAUAUUCAGGCACCGUUGGCACAGGGGGCCAAUUACUACUAUACAACCUACGCCGAUGUCUCUGGCAAAUUCAGCUUCGCCAAUGUCCGUACUGGUAAAUAUGGCAUAUACGCUUGGUCAAAUGGUGGCAAGAUCGGCGACGUCUACACCAACUUCACAAAGUCCGGCAUCGAUGUCAAGGGCAAGACUAACCUAUCAACACUGACUUGGUCAGUCCCGACCAACAAGCGCAUCUUCCAGAUCGGAGACUUUGACAAGAAGACCACCGGCUUCAUCAACAGUGGACCAUAUCACCACGGUCUUGCUGCCGCGUCCCCAGCAAACUUUACCUUUGUCGUCGGCACCACAAACAGCUCCUCCUGGUACUACGCAUCCUCCAACCUUGGAACUUGGAAUGUGGAGUUUAGCAUUGCCGAACUCGAAAAGCCCACCGCUAGACUUAUUGUCUCAUUGGCCGGAUACUCGCAAAGCACCGCUUUGACAGUCUUAGCUAAUGGUGCUGUGUUGGGUAGCUUGAGUAAGGAUAAUAUUACCACUGAUGCAGCGACUUACAGAUCAGGGACCGUUAGCGGAGAGUGGCACCAAUUUGAGUAUGUGGUUAGCAAUCUGAAAAAAGGGAAGAAUGUUGUGAGUUUCCAGGUUGAUAGAUAUGUUUUGUGGAGGGGUUUUUUGUGGGAUGCGAUUACCCUUGAGUGGAUUUGA